UCAGUUGAAUAUUUUUAUUGUAUAUUCUUAAUAAAUCAUGGAUGAUGACACUUUUUACGACUCGUUGGAUGAAGAAGCGGAUUUUUUAGAAGUCACAGCUGAAGCUUGCGAGUCAAACCUGGUGCCGUUUUUCGCUGGUGCCGUAGAAAAAAACGAAGUAAAUUCUCUUAAAGCGCUUUCCAAGAAUGGUAGUUGUACGGAAAUUAAAAAACACAGCAAUGCCCAAAAACCCAUUUUGCCACCGGUUAGAAGGAAAAACAAUUCAUAUUUAAACAUUUUUUACUCCAGAAAUCGAGGCAAAGAAUUUUCUGCAAGAGAAGAGAGAUCACCAACUAACAGUUUAUGCGUUAACGAUUUUGAGAAGUCUUGUUACUUCGAUGGCGAACAGCAUGGCGAAAGAUUAAGAAAACUGGACCAAGAAUCUGUUGGAUCGAGUCACAAGGAUGAAGAACCUAGUACACUUACACAAAUCAGCGGAAAUGUUCGCAAUAAAUUAAAUUUUGUGUCAAAACCUGUUAAAAUUUGCGAAAUGGGAGGUUUGGGACCUAACAUACAUAACGUACAAGAUAAGUUGGAGCUGUUACGCAAGAGACAGAACUAUGGAAAAAGCGUGAGCGAAAAGAAUCGCAUACGAAUAUUCGAGAGCAAAGUAGUGCAACAACUUCGACGAGAAAUCGAAGAAAGUCAUAAGCCAUUGUGCAAAAAAUAA